AUGGAGCAACUUAUUAAGGAGCAAGAGCUCACCAUCGGGGGACUUUUCCGGAUCCUGCCCAAUUUCAAGCGCCUGGGAAAGGCAAAAUUCACGGAAGCCGCCGCCGAAGAGGGCCUUCGCCGCCUGCGGACCGAGUGGGACGCGUGCCGACGUCUCCACCUCCAGUUGGAGCUGAAGGCCACUGCCGAAGAACGGGAAACCCGCGAGUACUUCAAGCAGGGGUAUUUCGAGCGGGCCGAAGCAGAGUUCGAGCAGGAUACCGUAUUCGGUUGGGUCGUUUCGGACGCCGCGUCGACACCCGCGAACGAUCCCGAUCCCUCCGUGGCGUCCCUGCACUGUCGCGCGGAGGAGAAGUUGGAGCAGCAACUGCGAUUGUUCUGGGAGCUCGAGGAGGCGAGUCCCAAGUCUGUCCUUUCCCCUGACGAGUCGAGGUGCGAGGAACAUUUCGUCAACACCGUCUCACGGCGGGCGGACGGACGAUACGUGGUUCGGUUGCCCCUGCGUACCGAACCACCCCUCGCUCUCGGCUCGUCAAAGGGCCGUGCCCUAGCCAUGCUGCGUGGAGUCGAGCGGCGACUCAGGGGCGACAGUCAGUUGGAGAUCGCGUACCGGGACUUUCUGGUCGAAUAUGAGGCCCUCGAGCAUAUGGAGGAGGCCCCUCAGGCACCGCGGGAUGGCGCGGUGUUCCUUCCGCACCACCCAGUGGUCAAGCGGAAUGUGGACGGUGCGCCGCGCGUCCGCGUUGUUUUCAACGCCUCUAGCCCCACUUCCAACGGACUGUCGCUCAACGAUCACUUACUGACGGGGCCGAAGUUGCAGCGAGACAUCUUCUCGGUACUGUUGCGCUGGCGAGUCCCGCGAUUCGCCCUCAAGGCCGACAUCGAGAAGAUGUUUCGGCAGAUCCGCGUGCACGAGGAGGACGCGGAUCUGCAGCGGAUUUUAUGGCGGCGUGGGCCCGACCAAGAGCCUCGCGAAUUCCGGCUCACCACCGUCACAUACGGAACGGCCUGCGCCCCAUACCUAGCUCAGCGAGUCUUACUGCGGCUCGCCGAGGACGAGGGAGCGCACUUCCCUCGUGCACGAGCGAUAAUGCGCUCGAAUUUCUAUGUGGAUGACGUUCUCUUCGGCGCUGACGGGGUGGAGGAAACCAUAGCCUGCCGUGACGAGCUCACACGCCUCCUAGGGCGUGGGGGCUUCAGGUUAGGAAAAUGGGCAGCCAACACCCCUCUGGUGUUGGCGAAUAGCCAGAAGUCGGCGGCGGUGGACCUCACGGGGGCUGCCCAACAGCACCAUCCCGUGUCGGGGAUGGAUUGGAGUCCGGGCUCCGGCUCCUUCGGGUUCACCGUCGUCCCAGACUCCGCUCCGUCGGUUACGAAGAGAGCGGUGCUAUCGGUGAUCGCGCGCUUGUACGACCCGCUGGGCUGGGCGGCACCGGCAGUAAUCAGAGCAAAAAUAUUGCUGCAGGAGUUAUGGUUGGGGGGUGCGGAUUGGGACGCUCCGCUCCCGGACGAGCUCAACCAGACGUGGUGCGAACUCGUCGCCGAGUUACCGCUCUUAAGCGCCGCACUUGUGCCACGCUGGUUUGGCAUCUUUCAAUCUCCGCGCGAGGGGGAGCGAUACGAGUUGCAUGGUUUCGCGGACGCGUCUACGCGCGCGUAUGGUGCGGUGGUGUACCUGCUAGCGCGACCGUUCCUGAGCGAACCCUCGGGAACCCAGGUGACCCUCGUCGCCUCGCGAACCAGAGAUGCUCCCGUCAAGACCGUCAGCAUUCCGCGUUUGGAGCUUUGCGCGGCGGCUCUCUUGGCCGAACUAUUGCGGCGCGUCGCCGGCGAGAUCCUCGAGGAUCGCCUAGAGACCCACGCGUGGACCGAUUCACGCGUGGUGCUCGCGUGGUUGGCCCGGACUCCCUCCACGUGGACCGUCUUUGUGGCCAAUCGCGUGGGCCGCAUUCACGAAUUAUUACCAGGCACGCCGUGGCGUCACGUGCCCACACGCGACAAUCCCGCGGAUUGUGCGUCCCGAGGACUGCUCGCCGGCGAGUUAGUCAACCACCCCCUGUGGUGGACGGGACCCCGGUGGCUAUCGGGGCCGCGGUCCGGCUGGCCGCAGCCGUCGUGCAAAGCUCCCCCGAGCAUCGAACAGGAGCUACGCGUCCAGACGGCUCGCGUAAGUGGCGAGGAGGAGACCCCCCUGGCUCCCCUCCCGUCCAGCGUUUCGUCCUGGGCGAGGCUCCUGCGCGUCACCGCAAACUGCUAUCGGUUUGUCGCGGCCCUUCGUCGAAGGAGGAAUAGUCCCUCGGAUUGCGAGACGCCGAUGCGGCGGGCGAGGAUCUUGUGGCUCCGUUGGCUGCAGGGUGGCGCCUUCGCAUCGGAGAUCCGCGCCGUCCGAAAAUCCCAAUUCGUCGGGCGAUCGUCGCCCUUGCGGCGGUUGAGCCCUUUUCUUGACGAGGCAGGAUUGCUCCGCGUGGGGGGACGUCUAGACAACUCGUCCCGCGCGUACGACGAGAAACACCCCAUCCUCCUCCCGAAGCACCCAGUGGUGGAUCUGCUGGUGGAGGCUGUGCACCUCACGGCCCUCCACAGUGGACCCCAGCUCACCUUGAGCGUGCUGAGGAGGACGUAUUGGCUUCUGGGAGCCCGAGACACGGUUAGGAGAGUGACCUGGAGGUGCGUAGCUUGCGCAAGGCAUCGCGCAUCUCCAGCGUCCCAACUCAUGGGCACGUUGCCCUUAUCGCGGGUGAACCCUUCGCGGCCCUUCUCGCACGUGGGCGUCGACUAUGCGGGCCCCCUCUGGACCCGCAUGGGGAAGGGCCGGGGUUAUCGGGCCCAGAAGUCAUAUAUCGGGGUGUUUGUGUGCUUCGCGACCCGCGCGAUCCACCUCGAGCUGGUGAGCGACUGCACCACGGCGGGCUUCUUGGCUGCACUGCGGAGGUUCGUCUCCCGUCGGGGUAGGCCCACUGCCAUUUAUUCCGACAACGGAACGAACUUCCGCGGUGCCGCACGGGAGCUCGCAGCGAUGGUUCGGGCGGUCCGCGACUCAGCCGAGGUAUCGGCCUUUCUCGGAGAGGCCGACAUCGUGUGGCAUUUCUCCCCACCCGGAGCCCCGCAUUUCGGCGGUUUAUGGGAAGCGGGAGUUAAGGCGGUAAAACGCCACUUAGCACGGGUGGUUGGCCAGCACACCCUCACCUUUGAGGAGAUGUGCACCCUGUUGUGCACCGUCGAGGCAUGCCUUAAUUCCCGCCCCCUAACACCGAUGUCGAGCGAUCCGACGGACUACGCGGCCCUUACACCAGGGCAUUUCUUGACGGGAGCACCCUUGCUUACGCUUCCGGGAGAACGUUCGCCGGACACCGCCGCCUCCCCCUUGUCCCGUUGGCAAGGGGUCGAAUCCAUGCGUGCCAGUUUUUGGAAUCAAUGGAACCGCGAGUAUCUCCAUAGGCUGCAGGAGCGCAGCAAAUGGUGGCGUGCCGAGAGGAACCUGCAGCUAUAUCAUAAGAAUCAUGUGAAUCUGAAGCUAAAUCUGAUGUUUCUGCUAAAUUUGAAGCUGGAUCAUAUGUUUCAGCUGAAGUCGAAGCUGAAUUAUAUGAUCCUGCUGAAUUUGAAUAUAAAUACCUUCUGUCUAGAAUCUAUUCUCUUCUGUAGAAUCUAUAUAGCUGCUAUAUAUAGCAAGACGAUUAAAAAUCUACUAGAAGAGAGAACACUAUACGAGACAAAAGUCUUCUAUGGAGCAAAUAAUAUCUAUAAAGAGAAAAUGGCUCAGAUGAGGAUGGUUAGUAUCGAAGAGGUGGAGAGAACAAGAAAGAUCCCUUCAAUGAAAGUGGAUAUGAUGCGUCUUGAGGCAGUAAUCAAAGCAGUAGCUUGCCAUGUUAGAAAAAUCCCGCUCCAAAAUAUUACGGAUAUAGCGCGAAUACUUCAAUCGGCCCAAGCCUGCUAUCAAGAGAUUACGAAAAAGGAGCCAAAGGUGUCAAAAGGGAAGGAAAAUAUAACUAUGAAAAUCGAUGCACUUAAAGAUAAGAGCUGA